UAGUACCUCUACUUACUACUUGCAUUCAACUCUGGACUAGAACUUCAAGCUACUGGAAUUAAAGAAUAAACUACUCAAUUUUAUUACAAAUAGUUGCGUUUGCUUACAUUCAGCUUUUAUAAUAAUAAUUAUUCAGAACAAUAUUCAAAUAACCAGUUCAUAUCAUUGUUAAAAUAUAUAUAUAACGUCUGUUUUGAAUCGUUUUGUUACGAGAGUCGUGCCUAAAUUUAUCGGGCUUAUAAUAUUUCUAAAAUGGUCGGGAAAAGUAGCAAGUUGUAUGUACUUAAGAGAGGUGGAAGAAUGGAGGAAGUUCAUAUUGAUAAAAUUACAUCAAGAAUCAAAAAAUUAUGUUAUGGUUUAAAUAUGGACUUUGUUGACCCCGUCAGCAUAACAUUGAAAGUCAUUAGUGGUAUUUACUCUGGAGUAACAACAGUUGAACUUGAUAAUCUGGCUGCUGAAACGGCAGCUACAAUGACAACUGAUCAUCCAGAUUAUGCAAUUCUAGCUGCUCGCUUAGCCAUAUCAAAUUUGCACAAAGAAACUAAAAAGCAUUUUUCAGAGGUCAUGACUGAUUUAUAUAAUAUAAUAAAUCCACAUACUAACAAAAGAGAAGCAAUGAUAUCAGAGUUUCAUUAUAAUAUAACAAUGAAUAAUAAGGAUAGACUAGAUUCUGCUAUUGUUUAUGAUCGAGAUUUUAAAUACAAUUAUUUCGGAUUUAAGACUUUGGAGAGAUCAUAUUUGUUAAAAAUUAACAACAAGGUUGCAGAAAGGCCUCAACACAUGCUUAUGCGAGUUUCUAUUGGAAUACAUGGAGAAGAUAUUGAUUCUGCAAUUAAUACUUAUAAUUUGCUGUCAGAAAAAUAUUUUACACAUGCAAGUCCAACAUUAUUUUCGGCCGCUACUCCAAGACCUCAGCUUUCCUCUUGCUUUCUUAUAGCAAUGAAAGAUGACAGUAUAGAAGGUAUAUAUGAUACACUUAAACAAUGUGCUUUAAUAUCUAAAUCAGCUGGAGGUAUUGGCCUUCAUGUGCAUUGCAUAAGAGCUAAGGGAACUUACAUAGCUGGCACAAAUGGAAUCUCAAAUGGUCUUGUCCCAAUGUUAAGAGUGUAUAAUAACACAGCUAGGUAUGUGGACCAAGGUGGUAACAAACGACCAGGAGCAUUUGCUGUUUAUUUGGAACCUUGGCAUGCAGACAUAUUUGAGUUUUUAGAUCUAAAAAAAAAUACUGGCAAAGAAGAAGUUAGAGCAAGGGAGUUAUUUUAUGCUUUAUGGAUACCAGAUUUAUUUAUGAAAAGGGUAGAAAAAAAUGAAAAUUGGAGCCUCAUGUGUCCUAAUAACUGUCCUGGAUUAGCUGAUUGUUGGGGUGAUGAAUUUGAAGCCUUGUAUGAAAAAUAUGAACAGGAAAAUCGCUUUGUUAAACAAGUAAGGGCUCAGAUUUUAUGGAAAGCAAUUAUAGAGGCUCAAGUUGAAACAGGAACCCCAUUUAUGCUUUAUAAAGAUUCAUGCAACAGAAAAAGUAACCAAAAAAACCUUGGCACUAUUAAAUGCAGCAACCUCUGUACAGAAAUUGUAGAAUACACAUCAUCAGAUGAAGUGGCUGUAUGCAAUCUAGCUUCUAUAGCUGUAAAUAUGUUUGUUGAAAAUAAAACUUUUAACUUUCAAAAAUUAAAAGAAGUGACAAAAAUUAUAACCCAGAAUUUAAAUAAGAUUAUUGAUGUUAACUUUUACCCAGUGCCAGAAGCGAAAAAUUCUAACAUGAGGCACAGACCAAUUGGCAUUGGUGUUCAAGGAUUAGCUGAUGCAUUUGUAUUGAUGAGAAUACCAUAUGAAAGUGAAAAAGCAAUAUUACUCAAUCAACAAAUAUUUGAAACUAUUUAUUAUGGUGCAUUGGAAGCUAGUUGUGAAUUAGCUGAGAAGGAAGGUGUUUAUAGUACUUAUGAAGGUAGUCCGGCUAGCCAAGGUAUUUUACAAUAUGAUAUGUGGAACAAGACUCCUACGGACUUGUGGGAUUGGACAGCACUUAAAGAAAAGAUUGCCAAAAAUGGUCUUCGUAAUUCUCUUCUAUUGGCUCCAAUGCCAACAGCUUCUACAGCACAAAUACUUGGAAACAAUGAAUCUUUUGAACCAUUUACUUCCAACAUAUACCAAAGAAGGGUUCUAUCUGGUGAAUUUCAAGUUGUUAAUCAUCAUCUCUUAACAGAUUUAACUCAAGCUGAUUUAUGGGACGAGGAAAUGAAGAAUUUGAUAAUUCACAAUAAUGGAUCAAUACAAAAUAUAGAAAGAAUUCCAAAGGAAAUAAGAGAUUUGUACAAGACAGUUUGGGAGAUUUCAGUAAAAACAACUAUACAGAUGGCUGCAGAUAGAGGAGCAUUUAUUGAUCAAAGUCAAUCGUUUAAUAUUCAUGUAGCUGAACCUAACUAUGGGAAGUUGACAUCUAUACAUUUUUAUGCAUGGAAGAUGGGUUUGAAAACUGGAAUGUACUAUCUACGUACCAAACCAGCCGCUAAUGCUAUUCAAUUUACUGUGGAUAAGUCUAAAGUUCAAGUUACAAAUGGCAAGUCGGAGAAGGAUGAAGCUAACUUGUCUAUGAUUGCUUGUUCUUUGGCAAACAAAGAUGAAUGUCUGAGCUGUGGCUCUUAACUAUUAAAUAAGUUUUUUUAUCAAGUACUUACCUAAUAAAUCAUUAAACAAUACCCUCGAAUAAACAAUAUUAUUUUUAAA